ACACACACACUGACUGACACACCCAGUUUCGUUUCGUUUUGUUCUGUCGUAACAAGACAACUGGACUUCAUUCACUCUGAUUCAACCCACCGAGCCGAGCCUGACCCGCACCUUCGUCACGGGAUUAACGUCGAUGAAGUCUGCUGGGCUGCUCGGUGGAAAAAGAGGAAGAGAAAGGAGAAGUGAUGUCCUCCUAAAAAAAGACGCCAUGUUUUCCUGUCGUCUGCGUCUUUCCUGUCCUGGUGUUGAGCUGAAGGAGCUGUUUCCUCCAAUCACAGCUCUCGGCAGUGUGUGUGGAGCUGUGAACUCGCCAUGGAUCAGUGUGAGGACGCAGAGGACGGUCCCUCUAAGACCGCUGUGUGUGGAGGACAUGAAGCUCAGAGCUCAGUGAAGCAGAAAACACCAGACUCUCCUGGACCUGUACCAGAACCUGGACCUGGACCAGAACCUGAACCUGGACCUGGACUCAGCUGUGUGUCUGUGCAAAGUGAUGCAUCAAUGGAGCUUCCUCUUGUUUUCAGAAAGUCUGCUGAUGCAAGAGUGGACCAGGAGAGCUCAGAGGUUCCCAGGGGUCAGUCUGCCCAGCAGCAUCAAACACACCUGGACUCCAUAUUUAUGCUGCUGGAGGAGAACAUUGUCACUUUUGUGAAGAACGAGCUGAAGAGGAUCCAGAAGGGUCUGAGUUCAGAUGAGCCAGGAUGCUUAGAGAGUCAGAGGGAGGAUGAGGAGGUGUUGGACGGUGAGGAUGAAGAGCAGAGGAGGAGCAGCAGAGAGUCAUUUCUGAAGAUCACACUGCACUUCCUGAGGAGAAUGAAGCAGGAGGAGCUGGCUGACUGUCUGCAGAGCAGAAGUCAUUCUGGAGUUUGUCAGCGUGAACUUAAAUCUAACCUGAAGAAGAAGUUCCAGUGUGUGUUUGAGGGGAUUGCUAAAACAGGAAACCCAACCCUUCUGAACCAGAUCUACACAGAGCUCUACAUCACAGAGGGAGGGACUGCAGAGGUCAAUGAUGAACAUGAGGUCAGACAGAUUGAAACAGCAUCCAGGAAACCAGACAGACCAGAAACAACAAUCAGACAAGAAGACAUCUUUAAAGCCUCACCUGGAAGAGAUGAACCAAUCAGAACAGUGAUGACAAAGGGAGUGGCUGGCAUUGGGAAAACAGUCUUAACACAGAAGUUCACUCUGGACUGGGCUGAAGACAAAGCCAACCAGGACAUACAGUUCACAUUUCCAUUCACUUUCAGAGAGCUGAAUGUGCUGAAAGAGAAACAGUUCAGCUUGGUGGAACUUGUUCAUCACUUCUUCACUGAAACCAAAGAAGCAGGAAUCUGCAGGUUUCAAGACUUCCAGGUUGUGUUCAUCUUUGACGGUCUGGAUGAGUGUCGACUUCCUCUGGACUUCCACAACACUGAGAUCCUGACUGAUGUUACAGAGUCCACCUCAGUGGAUGUGCUGCUGACAAACCUCAUCAGGGGGAAACUGCUUCCCUCUGCUCGCCUCUGGAUAACCACAAGACCUGCAGCAGCCAAUCAGAUCCCUCCUGACUGUGUUGACAUGGUGACAGAGGUCAGAGGGUUCACUGACCCACAGAAGGACGAGUACUUCAAGAAGAGAUUCAGAGAUGAGGAGCAGGCCAGCAGAAUCAUCUCCCACAUCAAGACAUCACGAAGCCUCCACAUCAUGUGCCACAUCCCAGUCUUCUGCUGGAUCUCUGCUACAGUUCUGGAGGAUCUGUUGAAGACCAGAGAGGGAGGAGAGCUGCCCAAGACCCUGACUGAGAUGUACAUCCACUUCCUGGUGGUUCAGUCCAAAGUGAAGAACAUCAAGUAUGAUGGAGGAGCUGGGUCAGAUCCACACUGGAGUCCAGAGAGCAGGAAGAUGAUUGAGUCUCUGGGAAAACUGGCUUUUGAGCAGCUGCAGAAAGGAAACCUGAUCUUCUAUGAAUCAGACCUGACAGAGUGUGGCAUCGAUAUCAGAGCAGCCUCAGUGUACUCAGGAGUGUUCACACAGAUCUUUAAAGAGGAGAGAGGACUGUACCAGGACCAGGUGUUCUGCUUCGUCCAUCUGAGUGUUCAGGAGUUUCUGGCUGCUCUUCAUGUCCAUCUGACCUUCAUCAACUCUGGAGUCAAUCUGCUGUCAGAAGAACAAGAGAAAUCUGCAGAGACACACUUCUACCAGAGUGCUGUGGACAAGGCCUUACAGAGUCCAAAUGGACACCUGGACUUGUUCCUCCGCUUCCUCCUGGGACUUUCACUGCAGACCAAUCAGAUUCUCCCACGAGGUCUGCUGACACAGGCAGGAAGUAGCUCACAGACCAAUCAGAAAACAGUCGAGUACAUCAAGAAGAAGAGUGAAGAGACUCCGGAAUAGAUGGUUCAGUAGAGCUGUGAUUCUCUGUUAGCCUGGCUACAGAUUGAUAUAUUAUAUUGCCUUCUUCUUACAGUUUAUUUGUUGAUUUAGACAGGAAUAUUUAGAUUUUUUCUACCAUGUGACCACUGUGUUUCAUCUCUGGGUAUCAUAGAGAGGUCAUGAUGUGUUUAGCCUAGCACAGACACUGGAAGCAGGAGGAAACUGUUAGACUUAUGCCAUCAAAAGACAAAGAAACAUACACUUUCUGCCCAGCUCCAAAACAAACAGAGCUGCUCUGUGAUUGUUUUGUUCUUCUUCUUUGCUGAUAAAAAUUAAAU